ACGUAGGCACGCGAGUGUGUAGUUGCGCGUACCGAUUCUACGAUGUCUACCAAGUGCCAACUCCAUGCUACAGUCAGUGUAUUCGAUACUCGCGACCAGUUAAUGUGGUCAGUGCCCUCUGAACUACGAACUAGAAAAGUGCCUUGUUUAUCUCCGUAGUCUGCUAGCACAAUUUUCCUUUACGUACUUCUGCAUAAUAAAUACUGGGGAGGACUGUUUCGUGUCGAUUCUGCUUAGCAGUGUACAGUUGAGCUUCUUGUGGUACUGUAAUUGAAGAGAUUGUUAUUAGUGCUACGAAACAAGAACGAAACCGUGAAUUUUCAAAAAUCUUUCUAGACGCACCGAACAAACUGCACGAUGGUGCUGGGUAACGAAAACGACUAUUUAACUGGAUAUAAGCGCAAUUCUGUUACGGAAUGGUUGCAGAAAACGGGGCAAGCAAAAAAUGAUGGGAGUGAAAGUCCAGUUUUUGGUUUGGAAGGUGGUGGAACAGGAACAGGUGGUGGGACCUCCUUGAGACUCGCGCCGCAUGAAUUGCCCAAUGAGAUAUCUGCUCCCUACGAAGUUCCACAAUUUCCAAUUGAACAAAUCGAGAAGAAACUUCUUAUACAGAGACAAUUAACUGUCAAAGCUGCCAAGGAUUUAGAAGAACGUCGUAGCCAUUAUGAACCAUCGCUCGGCCCCGGUAUACCAGACGAUGUCGAUCAUCUCUUCAAUCUCGAGGAGAAUGAUUUUGUCCCGCACUUCCAGAGGGUGUCCAUAUCCGGCGAGGAUACUUCCGGGGUGCCCUUGGAAGAUCUUCAGCAAGCGUCUCAAUUGUUGGUUCAGGCACUGGCAAUACGUGAGAAAUACAUGAACAAUUCUAAACAGAGCUUUCCUUCAAUCACAUCACGAUUUCUACGUAGCAUCGAUAAAAGGCCAAUAAGCAGUGACGACGAGGUUCAACACGAUGAUCGUAAAGCCAUCGCAGAUCAUCCUGUGCACGCACCUGCAUCUCGAGGAGAUCCAUGGGAAUGUGAAUUCCCUCCGUCAAAGAAUUACAUAAUUGCCCCCGUUAAUGGUGUCUUCAAUGUGUACGCUAACGAAGAAGAUUUAGAUAAUGGGAAGCCAAUCCCUUAUUCGUAUCCUGACUUAGCCACUUUUGUCAGGGACAUGAACCUCCUUUGUACGAUGAUCGCCGAUGGUCCAUUAAAAUCUUUUUGCUACAGAAGACUGAGUUACCUUUCGUCAAAAUUUCAACUGCAUGUGUUACUGAACGAGCUUAGAGAACUUGCCAGUCAAAAAGCAGUUCCUCAUAGGGACUUCUAUAACAUUAGAAAGGUUGACACCCACAUUCAUGCGGCAUCUUGCAUGAAUCAGAAGCAUUUACUCAGAUUUAUUAAGAAAACGCUAAAAAAUCAUGCGGAUGAGAUUGUUACGUGUUCCAAAAACGGAGAAACAAUGACUCUUCGAGAAGUAUUUCAGUCAAUGAAUCUGACGACCUAUGACCUUAGCGUUGAUAUGUUGGACGUACAUGCAGAUAGAAAUACAUUUCAUAGGUUUGAUAAGUUCAAUGCCAAGUACAAUCCAAUCGGCGAAAGUCGCUUGCGUGAAGUGUUUCUAAAAACGGACAAUUAUCUAAACGGUAAAUUUUUCGCAAGCAUAAUUAAGGAAGUUGCCAGCGAUCUUGAAGAAUCGAAGUACCAAAAUGCGGAGCUACGUCUUUCGAUUUACGGCAAGAGCCCAGAGGAAUGGGAUAAGUUAGCAAAGUGGGCAAUUCAAAGUGAUGUAUAUUCGGACAAUGUGCGCUGGCUUAUUCAAAUUCCUCGACUUUAUGACAUUUUCAAAUUGAACAAAUUGAUGACAAACUUCCAAGAGAUUUUGAACAACAUCUUUCUUCCUCUCUUCGAGGUAACGAACGACGGCAAUUCUCAUCCAGAGCUACAUAAAUUCCUUCAAUAUGUAAUAGGAUUUGACUCCGUUGAUGACGAAAGCAAGCCGGAAAAUCCUUUAUUUGACAAAGAUGUUUGUCCACCUGCAGAAUGGGAUGAUAUUGAGAAUCCUCCUUAUGGAUACUAUCAAUACUAUACUUAUGCCAAUAUGACCGUUUUAAAUCAUUUCAGAGCAGAAAAAGGUUUAAACACCUUUGUCCUUAGACCUCAUUGUGGCGAGGCCGGCCCCAUUCAACAUCUUGUUUGUGGUUAUAUGAUGGCAGAGAAUAUUUCCCAUGGCCUUUUACUUCGAAAAGUGCCAGUACUACAAUAUUUGUAUUAUUUGGCACAAAUUGGCAUCGCAAUGUCGCCCCUCAGUAAUAACUCUCUAUUUUUGAAUUAUCAUCGUAACCCAUUACCCGAAUAUUUAGCAAGAGGAUUAUGUAUAAGCCUUUCCACAGACGAUCCCCUUCAAUUUCACUUUACCAAGGAACCUUUGAUGGAGGAAUAUAGCAUUGCUGCACAAGUAUGGAAGCUCAGUUCAUGUGACAUGUGUGAACUAGCGCGUAAUUCAGUACUUAUGAGUGGUUUUCCACACAAGAGUAAACAAUACUGGCUUGGGCCAAAUUACACUAAAGAGGGUGUGGCUGGUAAUGAUAUUACUCGAACAAACGUGCCGGAUAUUCGGGUGGCCUACCGAUACGAAACAUUAGUCGAUGAAUUGUCAAAUAUUUUCAAAGUUGCCGAGAAACCCGAAGCCGUUCCAUUUUAAUCUAUAGCGAUAGUACAAAAAAACUCCUUGAUUAUAACAUAAUAAUUAUUCUACAAUUGCAAAUAGUAUCUAUAAAAUUCGACGAAAUUGCGACGAAAACUAUUUAUAAAAAAAAUGACUCUUGUAACGUGAAGAACUAUGUGAUGUAUGCUAAUAAUCAAUAUCAAGUUUCAACGACUUCUUUUAUCGAUCAUCAAUUAGAUUGACUACAAAAUCGCGAUACAAACGAUGUACCUUAUUUAGAUGUUACUUGACAAUUUGUAUACAUACAAUAAUCUUACAUACAAUUUGUAUACAUACAAUUUGUGUUACAUACAAUAAUGUUGAAUGCUUGAUUUGUAACUUAAUAAUUGAAAGUUUUUGCGUUUUUCCUGCUAGGAUGUUUUGAUAAAGAAAAGGUUACUUUGAGUAAGAGUAAAAGUAAAUGCUAAGUUAUAAGAAAAUGUCUUUCACUCAGGUUACAAAAUUUUAAUGUAAAACAGGGAGAAAUUAAUCUUAAAUUUUUCAUAUACGUUGACCAAUUUAAAAAUAGUUAGAUAUUAGAUGAAGUUCCAAUAUCGAAUGUUACUAAUUUUAUUAUAUAUACAUAUGUGAAUUAAAUUAAAAUUCAUUAUCGUAUUUAACUUUGCGUAAAGAAAAAAAGAAAAAAAAAGAAAAACGUAAAAUAUUGCAAAGCAGCAAUUUAUUUCUUGUGUCAUACAAGUCAUUCUUUAGUCAUAUUAAAGGAAUGUCAGCUUAGUUUUUUUUUUUUCAGUUUUAGCGUUAUUUUCUUACUUUUUUGUACAUUUAUACAAAAAUUGUGUAUCUGUUUUUAAAAAGUAUGUUUAACUUAAAUACGGAUAGUUCUCUUUAUAUUAUAUUAUUUAUAUUAUUUUUAUCGUUAUUAAUGUAAAUGUUAUAUUCGAAGGCACUAAUUAUAGUACCUCUUGUAGUAUAAUUAGAUUUAUAUGAUAGCAAAUAUAAAAUUUAUUUUAAUAUUAUUAAUAUAUGUAAUCUUAAAUUCUUUUGUUUUUGAGACAAGUUUGUGAUUAACGAGCUUCUAUUGGCAAAUAUACGAUGGUAUAUCAGCAUUCGUAACGAAACCUAACAUUGAAUAAUUGUUAUUAGAUAGAAACAAAUGUAUGUAUUGUAUAAGAUAUAUCCCGUCAAACAAAAAUAUACUUGUACUGUUAAAACAA